UCAAGCAUGGCCGAUGAAAUCCAAGUGACGAAGGAAAUAUCUCACGAUCCCGUGGUCGAUGGCUUCUCACACCAUGCCGAGAACAUUGGUCAUGACCGCGAGCCCUAUGGGCCUCCUGGUAUACGCGGACUAGUGGCGAAUCCGUUUGUGUUGUUGUGUGCAGCUUGCUCAACACUCGGAGGAUUGCUAUUUGGUUAUGACCAGGGUGUUGUGUCAGUGAUUCUCGUCAUGGACCGUUUCCUGACUGAAUUCCCCCGAGUCUCGGAUACUGCAUCAGGGUCAGGCUUUUGGAAAGGACUUUUGACUGCCAUGAUCGAAUUGGGUGCACUGAUAGGUGCAUUGAAUCAAGGUUGGAUUGCGGAUAAGAUUUCGCGUCGCUACUCGAUUUUGGUUGCUGUUGCUAUCUUUACCCUUGGCUCUGUGUUACAAACUGCUGCAUUUGGAUAUCCCAUGUUAACUGUUGCUCGGUUUAUUGGUGGUCUUGGGAUCGGUAUGUUGUCGAUGGUCGCCCCGUUAUAUAUUUCCGAAAUCAGCCCCCCUGAAUGCCGUGGUACUCUACUUGUCCUCGAGGAAUGGUGUAUCGUCCUCGGUAUCGUGAUUGCCUUCUGGAUUACCUAUGGAACGCGUUACAUGCCUAGCGAAUGGGCGUGGCGUCUCCCGUUCCUUUUGCAAAUGAUCCCAGGCUUCAUCCUCGCCGCCGGUGUCUACAUGCUACCGUUUUCUCCCCGUUGGUUGGCUUCAAAGGGUCGCAACGAAGAAGCACUCAUGAGUCUCAGCAAACUUCGCUCUCUACCACCAACAGAUAGACGUGUUCGUCAGGAAAUGUUGGACAUUCAAGCUGAAGUGCGUUUCCACCAGGAAACAAACAAGGAAAAGCACCCAGAUCUGCAAGAAAAGGGCGCCAAGAACUCAUUUUUGCUGGAAAUGGCUUCUUGGGCUGAUUGCUUCAAGAAGGGAUGUUGGCGUCGGACUCAUAUCGGUGUUGGACUAGGUUUCUUCCAACAGUUCGUUGGCAUCAACGCUCUCAUUUAUUACUCUCCAACUCUCUUCAAGACUAUGGGUCUCGACUCAAGCAUGCAGCUCAUCAUGUCUGGAGUGCUCAACGUGUUGCAGCUGGUGGGUGUCACCACUAGCAUUUGGACCAUGGACUCAGUUGGUCGUCGCAAGCUGCUCCUCGUUGGCGCGGCCCUCAUGGCUAUCUCGCACAUUAUCAUAGCAAUUUUGGUUGGCAAGUUCUCGAACAACUGGCCAGCUCAUCGCGCUCAAGGAUGGGCUAGUGUGGCUAUGCUGCUGUUCUACAUGGUUGCUUUUGGAGCUUCUUGGGGUCCUAUUCCAUGGGCUCUGCCAUCUGAGAUCUUCCCCUCUUCUCUCCGUGCCAAAGGUGUCGCUCUAUCAACCUGUUCCAAUUGGCUGAACAAUUUUAUCAUCGGCCUGAUCACACCCCCUCUCGUUCAGAAUACUGGCUAUGGAGCGUACGUCUUCUUCGCCGUAUUCUGUGUCCUGGCCGGAGUCUGGACCUUCUUCUUCGUACCCGAAACCAAGGGCCGCACGCUAGAGCAAAUGGACCAUGUCUUCAAGGACAACUCCAGUGUGGCAGACCAGGCGAAGAGACAUGCAAUUGAGGUCGAGCUGAUUCGCGCUCAGCAGGAGGUUGCCCACCGCGAAAUUGCGUGA